AAUCCACAAGACAUUCAACCCUGAAUAUCAAAAUGGAAGCAGCACAAAAAGCGCUACAGGCGCUCUCAGAAGAAUAUCAAAAUCUUCAAGCAGAACUAGAAUCCAUCAUCCUAGCACGACAAAAGCUCGAAUCGCAACAACAAGAAAACCAAGCCGUGCAGCAAGAAUUCGCAUCCCUAGACGACGACUCCAAAAUCUACAAACUCGUCGGACCAGUCCUGCUAAAGCAGGAAAAGUCCGAAGCCGUCAUGGCUGUUGAUGGUCGAUUGGAAUUCAUCGAGAAGGAAAUAAAACGGAUAGAGACGCAGAUUCAGGAGAUUAAUAGUAAGAGUGAUAGGAAGAGGACCGAGAUUAUUCAAUUGCAAGCACAGAUUCAGCAACAAGCUGCUGCUGCUGGAGCUGUUUCUGCUUGAGUUGGUGAAUGAGAUAAAGAAGAUAGAAUAUGCCAUUGAGAGAAAAAUAUACAACGCAUUACUACGGGUCUUCUGUUACAUUGACUACCUAGGUAAUUGAGGAACUAUGAAUAACUCCUGAAAGGACCUCCAGAUCAGUUAUUUCGAAUCUUCAUUGCUGCUACAUGUAAGGUCUAUCGCAAGAUCUCAAACAGUCUAAGCAGAAAAGUAUGUAUAUACAUACAAGAACGGAAAGAGCCCGCAUGAAUUUAGCUAUUGCUGUCAGGGAGUAAUCGAGCGAGAAGAGAAUAAGAAUGAAAUAGGGAGUGCGGUGCAAUGCUAUCAACAAAGAGAUGGCAAAGGGGAUAGCUGGAGAAGUGGGUAUCUUUGAUAAGAAACUGGAAAAUCGAAAGGUCCCUGAAUGGUAUAUAUUCAGGGGCCUCCGGAGU